AUGAAGAUGCUGCGGUCCUUGCUCGUCUUCGUGAUUCUGCUUCCACCUUGUUCAGCUCACAGAGGUCCAGCUGGACUCUUCUGUACAAAUGACCUCGUCCACAACGUCAGCUGCAGCUGGACCGGGUCCUGGACGGGUUCUUUUGAUGACUGUUGGGUUUCUGGAGUGAAGAAAGUUUUUAACAAAAGAAAAUCUGAAAUCAUUCGAAGCUGCAAAAUGAAACAACACAAGAGUUCUUCUCCAGGCUGCAGCUUGGUCUUUGAGGGAACACAGUUCUCUGGGUCUGCAAAGAUGCCAAACAUCAGCAUGACGUGUAACGGCACACUGAUAGCAAACAUCACAAACUACAGACCAGUCAAUUACAUUAUGAUGCAUGCUCCCGACGCUCCUCAUGUCAACAUCACCGUCAAUUACACGCAGAUACUGUGGCGUCUGGGGAAACCCGUCUCUUAUCUUUUCAAAUCUGGAUUUGACUUUGAAGUUCAGGUCAAACGGAGAGAGCAGUCAUGGACGGAGUCCAGGACUUUGCCUAAAAAUGACCAGGAGCUGAAAAUACCUGUUUGGGAGCUAAAAGGUGCCUCUCAGGUCAGAGUCAGAGUCAAGCCCUCUGACAGAGAGAACAGCCACUGGAGCGCCUGGAGUCCAACAACGUCCUGGGAGGGAGCAACAACCAGGCUGGACUCGCCAACUAAACAAGGCCGGUGGUUGGAUCAGACCUCACUGAUGGUGACGGGAGUCCUUCUCACUUUUCUUCUCGUCAUCGUUGUUGUGACGGCCCUUUACAAGAACUGCAAGAACCGAGAGCUCCUCAAAGGGAAACCAGUACCCAACCCCUCCAAGUAUUUAGAAACCCUUCCCAGUGGAAAUCCAAAGCGCCAGCUGUCAGGAUCUGAAUUUGUCUUUGUCCCAUCUUGCGACCACAUCUCCCCAGUGGAAGUGUGUCAGGACUGGGAAGUGAUGGUCCCCUCUCUGUCUCCAUCCUCCAGCUCCAUCAGUGCCCUGCUUCAUCCCCAGAACUACCCCCCCUCUGCCUCGGGAUCCAGCGGAGUCGUAUUUAACUCGUCUUCUCUGUCCAGUUUCUCCAACAUGGGUUAUUUCAUAUCCAGCUCCUCGAGUGGCUCGGCUGGAACUGAUCCCCACCUGGCCUACUUCACCUACAACGACCCUUUCCAGACCCUGCCCACCAUCCCUCAGCCCUCCUUGUGCGACACGUUCUCCUCUGAUCCAGACUAUGAGAGCCUGAAGAAGGAGCCAGAGAGUCCAGACUCAGGUUUUGGCAUCAAGGAGGAUCAAGAAGAGGAUCUGAAUGAACACAGAUCUCUCUUUCUUGUCCUGCCUCUACAUUUUCCUUCUCAUACUCGUCUGCCUUCCUCUCCUCCUUCUCCUGCUGUAGCUCAGAUAUCCUCCAUCAAACAGGAGCUGGAUGUGUCAGAGAUGGUUGCUGCUGCUGGUGGUGCUGGUGGUGGGGGCUCUGCUGCUGCUGCCAUGUGCAGGUCCUCCUCCAUGCCUGUAGAGACCUUUAAAUCGGACUAUUUGACACUCAAAGAGCUGCAAUCAACAUUCAGCAAUAAAUCAAUGUAA